CUCCUCCUCUUCCUCCUCCCUUUGGGGUUAGUUUGCUUGUGUUUAGUUCCCAGAGACAGUCAAAUCGGAUUCCUUUGGGAAAGGACACAAAUCACUCCCGUUUGAACAAGGGGAACAGCGAGGGAGCUGUCUCCACAAGGGUCCACCUCUCCUGGUUGAUUUCAUAUUGCUCAUUCAUGUGAUUUGAUCAGAGAAUACUCUUUGUGGAGAAAGACAGGAAAGGAAAGGAGGAGAAAAUAAAGAAAAAAAAAAGUCUCUGGAUGAUGACACUUGAUCUAACCCUCAGCGAAGCCCGUUCUUGAUUCUAUUGUUUCUUAAAGUGACAUUAGACUUUUUUUUUUUUUUUUUGUGCAAGCUAGACCAAAGGGACCUCCAGUCUAAUCUUGCAGUUUUUGUUUGUUUGUUUGUUUGUUUGUUGCACGGUGUUCCCAAACCUGGAUGUUGACAUCUCGCGUUUCUUUUGGCACGUCGCUCUAUUUUCUGUUUCAGAGAGGAAGCGCUAAUAGAGACAAACGCGGUGACACCUGCUCACCCAUACACUUCUCCUUGUCUUUUUUUAACGGAGCGAUCAAAAGAAGCAAGCGCCGACUGAGACGGUGACAGGAGUCUGUUUUCAUGUUCGGGAUUCAAGACAGCAUUCAAAGGAGCGGGAGUAGUAUGAAAGAAGAGCCCAUCGGUGCCGGGAUGAACGCUGUCCGGUCAUGGAUGCAGGGUGCCGGAGUGUUGGAUGCGAACACAGCCGCUCAGAGUGGAGUGGGUCUUGCUCGAGCACACUUUGAGAAGCAGCCUCCUUCAAAUCUUCGCAAAUCCAACUUCUUCCACUUCGUUUUAGCGCUAUACGACAGACAAGGACAACCCGUGGAAAUUGAAAGAACUUCUUUUAUUGGAUUUGUUGAAAAAGAAAAGGAAAGUACUGGAGAAAAGACAAACAAUGGGAUCCAUUACAGAUUGCAGCUUCUUUACAGCAACGGCAUCAGAACAGAACAGGACUUUUAUGUACGCCUGAUUGACUCCAUGACCAAACAGGCAAUUAUCUAUGAAGGGCAAGACAAAAACCCAGAGAUGUGCAGGGUCCUGCUGACGCACGAGAUCAUGUGCAGCCGCUGCUGUGACAAGAAAAGUUGUGGCAAUCGUAACGAGACGCCCUCUGACCCGGUCAUCAUCGACAGGUUUUUCCUGAAAUUCUUCCUCAAAUGCAACCAGAACUGCCUAAAGAAUGCAGGGAACCCACGAGACAUGCGACGAUUUCAGGUGGUGGUGUCUACGACGGUGAGUGUGGAUGGACACGUCCUGGCUGUGUCUGAUAACAUGUUUGUACACAAUAACUCUAAACAUGGACGCAGAGCUCGUAGGCUGGACCCUUCUGAAGGCACUCAAUCAUACCUGGAACACGCUAGCCCUUGCAUUAAGGCCAUCAGUCCCAGUGAAGGCUGGACGACAGGGGGUGCCACAGUUAUCAUCAUUGGUGAUAACUUCUUUGACGGCCUACAGGUCAUCUUUGGCACCAUGCUGGUCUGGAGUGAGCUCAUUACCCCUCAUGCCAUUCGAGUUCAGACUCCUCCAAGACACAUUCCCGGGGUUGUGGAGGUCACUCUGUCCUACAAGUCAAAGCAGUUCUGCAAAGGUACACCGGGCAGAUUUAUCUACACAGCACUGAAUGAACCCACUAUUGACUACGGUUUCCAACGGCUACAGAAGGUGAUCCCUAGACACCCGGGCGACCCUGAGCGCUUACCAAAGGAGGUGAUUCUGAAGAGGGCAGCAGACCUGGUGGAAGCUCUGUAUGGGAUGCCACACAAUAAUCAGGAGAUCAUUCUGAAAAGAGCAGCAGAUAUCGCGGAAGCACUCUACAACGUCCCACGUGGACACAACCAGCUGCCAGGUCUGGCCAACAGCUCAGUCCACGCUGGCAUGAUGGGAGUCAACUCCUUCCACAGCCAGCUCGCUGUCAAUGUCUCUGAGUCCGCACAAGGAGCCAAUCAGGGUUUCAGUCGAAACACAAGCAGUGUAUCCCCUCACGGUUACGUACCCAGCACGACACCCCAACAGAGUAGCUACAGUACCGUCUCUACCAGUAUGAAUGGAUAUGGCAACACAGGCAUGACCACGCUGGGAGGGUCGCCCAACUUCCUCAAUGGCUCUGCUGCCAACUCUCCUUAUGCCAUUGUUCCUUCCAGUCCCACCAUGGCCUCAUCCACCAGUCUUCCCUCCAACUGCAGCAGUUCCUCAGGCAUCUUCUCUUUCUCUCCGGCCAACAUGGUGUCUGCAGUCAAACAGAAGAGCGCUUUUGCUCCCGUCGUGCGGCCCCAGGCCUCGCCGCCCCCCACCUGCACCAGUGCCAAUGGAAACGGCCUCCAAGAUCAAUCUUUUGUGGACUCUAGCAAGUACUCCACCGCCAGCUCCCUGCAGGGACUGGCCUUCUCCUGAAUGAUCCCAGGGAUGAUUGUUCCUCCAAUGUAGGGGCUCCUGGGCUGCUGAAGAGGCACAUUUGAUUUCAGCUCUCGCCAGAGAAUCUACGCUCUGAGCUGAAGGCAAUUUCUGGUGGAGGAGACAUGAAAACUGAACUUUUAAAACUCAGGCCUUUUGACAAAGGAAUCUCAUUUUAUGGGAAGAAAGUGUUUGUUUGCUUUUGUUUUUAAGCUAAUUUCUGGACUGCUCUACCGAAGGACUUUACCCCCGUGUUUUGCCCAUGAAGAAAGGAGAGAUGGAACUCCGCUUUUUUGAUGAAUUUAAUGAUCACAUACCUUUUUUACAGACUGUAUCACACAAACAUGACACUUUAGGAGCGGGUGCAUCCGUAAUGUUUCUGAGAGCAGCGGUGGGCAACAGCACAGAUCUCUGUCAAUACUGACCAUUUUUUAUAUCAACAGACACAUUAGUGCAAAAUCCAAAUGAGAACAAUGGCCAACCGUUUGAACAGAAAAGAAGAGGGGAGGGGUUUUUUUUGUCCCAGAGAGAAGCCAACAAAUAGUUUGCCAUAAUGUUGUUUGUUUUCAUACAAAAUGAAAUUGUAGCGCCAUACUCACUUCCCUAUUGUUUUUUUUUUUUAGUAUAGAGUCAUACAAAGCAUCUGGGUACCAGCCGGUUUGAAUGGCUAUGAUGUAGGAAAGUUAUUUAAGAGUUCUUAAAUGCUGUCAUGCUGUAAUUUUUCAAUGUCCAGAUCCAUCCUCGAAGAGAAGAAAAAGUGACCCAAUUUCCACAACAAAUCAGUAUUUAUGUUCUUGCAAAUAUUUGCUGCUAAAUAGAGCAGAGAUAUGCAGUAAACAGAUGGAUUGAAGGAAAAAGACCUCAGUUGCCAUGCCAUUUAAUUAAAAAAAAAAAAAAAAAACUUUUGAAUUUUAUGUGUGCUCAAAGAAUGUGCUGAUUUGUUUUCCUUUUUUGUUUUUGCUUUGUCUAUGAAAAAAAUGAAACUGUGAUAUAUACAUUUUAAUGUGUUUGGUUUGCUGUGUUUGCUAGUGAAGGAUAUAGGUUAAAUGAAGUAUAAGAAGAAUACCAUUUCAGAGCCGACUGUUAAAGCAACCCGUUUUUCCUUUUGUGUGUGUUUCUUUGGCUUGUUUUGGGGGACAUGACUUGAAUUAGCAAAGUAUUUUCAUGUUUAGACAGCACUGUAUGAAGAAUGCUUUCCAAAUGUGUCAAACACCCAACAUACAGCAGUUUGAUUGGCUCAUUUUGGUAGUUGUCUAUUUUUGUACAUAUACUUUCUGUUGCCAAAGUCUUUGUUUUAUUUGUAUUUAUCUCAGAAUGGCUUAAGGCAGCUCAUAAUAACACUGACGACCGGUUCAUUGCAUAAGUUACACAAAAUCUCACCAACUUCAGCAAACACAAAUCAUGGAUUCUGGACAAAAAGAGGGGAGUCUCUGUAAAAUAUCCAUAUAAAUAAUGUAUGUAUAUCCAGAUUUUGUAUAUUGCUUUUCUCCCCAAAUUCACUUUGAUUGUGGAAGGUUUUUCGUGAUUGUUUGUCCAUCGGUUCGCUUUCAUCACCGGCAUUGUCUUUAUUGUUAAUGUUUUUGUUUGAAUUUAGGUCCAUGUUUUGUAUCAUGUCAAGCUUCCAUUUUUUUAAACUAAGUUUUAUUCGUAAAAAGCCAUUGUCUAUUUUUGUAUAAUUUGUAAGUUAAAAAGCAAUUGUUUUCCUUUUGGAAUUUUUUAAUGUAUGGCAAAAAAGUAGCAUCUCACAGCAUUUAGUUAUGUAGAUUAAAAAAAAAAAAAUGAUAUAUAUAAAUAUAUGAUGAAUAUAUAAAUCUAUAUCUUUUCUUUGAGGCUUACAGAACCUGUACUAUUGUAAUAAUAUGCAUGGGCUCUUCUCUGAGAGUGAUGGUUUUAUUUUGCGUGUCAAACCAAGAAGGACGUUUCUGAUGAAGUUUUAAUCUGCAUUCUUUUUCGUCUUUCCUUUCCUCUUUUAUUUAUCUGAUUAUUUAUGCCUGCUUAUAGAUCUGUCUAUUCCAUUCUCUCUCUCUCUCUCUCUCUCUCUCUCUCUCUCUCUCAUGUAUAUCAGUACCAGCAGUAUAGAUGCCUUAACAAUGCAAACCCAUAAGCGUACAAUCACUUGUACAGACUUCACAACCACCACUACCAGUAACAGUAGCCACAGAGUUCCUUAGGGGAUUUCUUUCCAGAAAAAAAAGCACAAAUUGGUCUGUUUUACCGAAAGCGAGGAGGGUUAAAUUAAUUAUUUGUCCUUUUUCUGUUGUUUGUAUUAUGAAGGAUAAUGAGAAGGAACUUGAAGGAUUAUAAAGAGAGACUAUAUGAUUUAUAUUUUAUGUGUUGGUGGUGCCAUGGGUUGCACUUUCUCGUUAAUUUAAAGCAAAAGGCUGCCUUUUUUCAUUUGUUUAUGUCUGCUGUGUUCACGAGAGUGGGAGAAGCUCAAAGCCAUAUUCUACAGUGUCACCGUUCGCUCUGAGGGGACGUUCACUUUAGCUGGAGGUGCAUGUGAACCUGCAUGUUUUGGGUCGUGCCAUAGCACUUUGUAAGGUACCGUUGAUGAAUUUCUCACCCUGAGCAAAGUGACUCGAUAUCAGAGCACAACGCCUUGCCCCCGGAGCUGAGGUUCUGACUCCCAGUCUGUAACGCUGUGACUCAAGUCUAAUUCUACUGUCAGCCGAAUCGGCCCUCGAUGAUCGGUCUUCAGGGCUCUUUCAUGAAUGGUUUAAGUGCUGUCUUCUGUAAUGUGUGUCUGCGAUCUGCCAUCUAACAGAAAAAUGGCUUUUAAUAUGCUGAUGUGUGAGGACUUUUUAUCAGAAAUGACUGAUGAUAGACCAUUCACGAUGUUUUCCUUUUCCAUAUGUGGCUUUGUUAGCGGCUCCAUCGCAAUGAAUAAGAUGGACUCCUUAUAAAAGGACAAGCAUUUGAUAGGACACAAGACUCAAACCAAAAAGCUGGUCUCCUUUUUUCCUGCCUCCUAUUCUUGUGUUUGUUUGUUUAAUGGUUUUUAUUUUUUAUUUUAUUUUAUUUUUUAUUUUUUUUGACUAGAUACACACUGAACCGUUCUAUUGAUAGGAAAACUCAAGACAAAAACUACUGUAUAGAUUGUUAUCAUUUUUGAUGAAAGCUGUAAAAUAACUUUUCAAAGUUCACAAUAUUAAAUUAA